UAAUGGCAGAGCUGCAAAGCUGAUAUCACUGUACCUCCCUGCGGCAAAGCUGCAAAAUCCUCAGGAAAAUUAUCGCUUGAACUUUUUCUGUGUCUGCAUUUCUCUCUGUUCUGUUUGAAAAAUGGCUCUCUUUGUAUUACAAAGUUUGCUCUACAAUAUUACUGUUAUAGUGAUUUCGUAAACGGAAACAGAGAGCUAGGCCAUGAACUUUUGCUGAAAUUCCUUCUCACUAGUCAUUACCCAUCACAAUAACGUUGGUUGCAUAUCUAUUUCGGUUCUGUCUGUUUCAGCUGGUCACUGUUUCAUAUUUCUCUCUUUAGUGAAAUUCCUUAAUCAAGUUGUUCUAGCUUCUGAUUAAUUGCUUUGUUUUUUUUUUUUUUUAUGAAAACUUUUUGCUGGGAUUUAGGAGGUUGGUGAAGGCGCGAUCAAGCCUCUUGCUUUUUGUUCCGACCAUUUCUAACUUUUUGCUUUUUGUUCCGACCAUUUCUAACUUUGCCCCGCCAAGAGAAAAUGAAAGAAAAGAAGCAAGGGUUUCUAAAAUGGAAGAUUUAUAAGAAGGAAGAUGCAAGAGAGUUCUGAGAUAGCACUUAUCAUCAAAGGUGUUGGCUCCCGCGCAUUAAAUCAGACUAUCCAGCAGCCAACUGUUGCUUCGAUUGCAGUAUCAGUAGUGCAGUCUGCAGCAAAACCCAAAAAACCAUGAAAUUCGGAAAAGAAUUCUUGGCACAGAUGGUGCCCGAAUGGCAAGAAGCAUACAUGGAUUAUGGUAAACUCAAAACCUUGUUGAAAGACAUCCUACGAUUCAAACAAAGAAACCGGCCACCGGCCACCCCGGCCGGCCUAAAGCGAAAGCUCACACUUUACAGAGCUUUUAGCGGCCUUACACAAAGAUACAACCACUACCCCACAAGCCCAUCCACUACUAGCGAUGAUGAUCAUGAUAUUGAAAGCCAAGCCAUUCUCGUAAAUUCAGUGAACCGGGAUGGCUCGCAAAGCUAUCAAACUACGUUUCUAAUGUCCUCCGACGAAGGGGGAGAGUACGAGUUAGUUUACUUCAGGAGGCUCGACGAUGAAUUCAAUAAAGUGGAGAAGUUUUACAGGUCUAAGGUGGAGGAGGUGACGAAGGAAGCGGAUAUGUUGAAUGAGCAAAUGGAUGCUUUCAUUGCUUUUCGAAUAAAAGUAGAGAAUCCUCAAGGCUGGUUUGAUAGAUCAGUUGAGAUGACUCGUCUUGCUUCAGAUGUUGUAACUUCUGCAGCUACAUUGGCGGCUUCAUCAUCGAGAGGGGCCAGUAGAAGACUUAUCAUGUCGAUGGAUGUGAUUGAAGAGGGGGAAUCGAAUAGCCAUGGAAAAUCAGAUGAAUCAGGUGAUCAGGGAAAAGAUGAGGACAAGACCAUUGAUGUUGUCAAUCAAAAGGUUCAAGAACAGAAGCCGAACAACAUCAGGGCCAGUAGACCAGCUCCUUUGGAAGUACUUAAUCGUGUGAAAAUAAACAACACCCUGGAGACUCCUCGCUCCACCAUUAAGAGCUUACUCCAUUAUCCCAUGCAGACGGAGCUGAAAUUCAGCAGGGAAAAUCUUAGGAAAGUUGAAGAACAACUUAAGCGGGCUUUUAUUCAAUUUUACCAGAAGCUUCGGCUUCUCAAAAGCUUCAGCUUCUUGAAUACACUGGCGUUUUCAAAGAUCAUGAAGAAAUAUGAUAAGAUUACUUCAAGGGAUGCAUCAAAAUCCUACAUGAAGAUGGUGGAUAAGUCCUUCCUCGGAAGCUCCGAUGAGGUUACCAAGCUUAUGGGAAGGACUGAAGCUGCAUUCAUCAAGCAUUUCUCCAACUCUAACCGCACUAAAGGCAUGAACAUCUUAAGACCCACGGCAAAGAGAGAAAGACAUAGGACUACAUUUUCCAUGGGUUUUUUUGUUGGCUGCACCGCAGCUCUGAUAUUAGCUCUUAUUUUAAUUAUACACGCUCGUGAUAUAAUGAAUAAGGAAGGGGCGACCGACUAUAUGGAGAACAUGUUUCCCCUGUACAGUUUGUUUGGCUUCAUAGUUCUGCACAUGUUAAUGUAUGCUGCCAACAUAUACUUCUGGAAGCGGUAUCGAGUCAACUAUUCCUUCAUAUUCGGCUCCAAGCAAGGAACUGAGUUGGGCUACCGACAAGUUCUCCUCCUCAGCUUUGGUCUUGCAGUACUAGCACUAGCUAGUGUCCUCUCAAACCUUGACAUGGAAAUGGACCCAAAAACAAAAGAUUACAAAGCAUUGACAGAACUUCUGCCUCUCAACUUGGUUCUUCUUGUAGUUAUCAUAUUAUUCUUUCCAUUCAACAUACUGUACCGUUCAAGUCGUUUCUUCUUCCUCAAAUGUCUCUUUCAUUGUAUCUGUGCUCCUUUGUACAAGGUCACGCUCCCAGAUUUCAUCUUGGCGGAUCAGUUUACUAGCCAAGUGCAAGCCUUGAGAAGUUUGGAGUUCUACAUAUGCUACUACGGUUGGGGAGACUACAAGCAUAGACAAAACACUUGCAAAGACAGUGACGUAUUCAAAACUUUCUGGUUCAUUGUUGCAGUGAUUCCGUACUGGUCUCGACUCCUUCAGUGCCUCCGUCGCUUAUAUGAAGAGAAAGAUGCUAUGCAAGGAUACAACGGUCUGAAAUAUUUUCUGACAAUUGUGGCUGUUAGCAUGAGAACAGCUUACAGUCUCAACGAGGGAUUGGGUUGGAAGACGGUAGCAUGGAUUUUCUCAGCCAUUGUAGCAAUUUUCAGUACAUAUUGGGACCUUGUCUUUGACUGGGGACUCCUGCAACGGCAAUCUAAGAACCGAUGGCUGAGAGACAAGCUUCUGAUCCCUCACAAAAGUGUAUAUUUUGGAGCCAUUGUGUUGAAUGUCGUCCUCAGGUUUGCUUGGUUGCAAACUGUUUUGGGUUUGGAAGUGUCUUUCUUACAUAGAGAAUCUUUAAUCACCAUUGUAGCCAGCCUAGAAAUCAUUCGUCGUGGGAUUUGGAAUUUCUUCAGGUUGGAGAAUGAGCAUUUGAACAAUGUUGGCAAGUACCGUGCAUUCAAGUCUGUUCCCCUACCCUUCAACUAUGAUGACAACGAAGACAAUGAUGAGCAGGAAUUAAGGUCAGAGCUAGCACACUGAAAACAGGGAGAGAAAAUCAUUUAUUUUUUGGUCCACAGUCCACUAUAUUACUUGUGAAGGCAGUCCACCAGAGUCUCAUAUGACGUAUUUUUGUUCAAUUAAAUUCAAUUUCAUCAUCAACGAAAUUUCAAAUGCAAAAGCAAGGUAGUAGUGAUAUUGCCAAACUAUUAUGAGAUUUCUGCCAAUGUAUGAUGCCUGCUCAACAGCGGCAUUCUUUGAUCUUGAAUAACAUAGGAAGUACAAACUCUUGAAAAAAAAAUUUGGCACUACAGUUCCUGAUCUGUAUAUUGAAGUGUCCAGUGGGGCAAGGGACAAAUAUUUGUUGCUUGAUGUUAUCUAGUUGUAAGCCUGCUAAUCCUACCACUAUAAACCUUCAAAUUUGCA